AUGCAAUACAACAUACUCUCAAAUUGGGAUACAAAGAAGGAAUGGAAAAAGGAUUGGGAUUGGGAUGCACAUAUGGAUUCACAUGCAUGUCAUGGGCGCUUGUGUUUUGGUAUGCAGGUGUAUUUAUUAGGAAUGGGCAGACAGAUGGUGGAAAAGCAUUUACAACAAUCUUCUCUGCCAUUGUUGGAGGCAUCAUUCAGCAAAGGGAAAGCUGUUGGAUAUAAAUUAUUGGAAAUUUUUAAGCAAAAACCGACUAUAGUUCAAGACCCUACAGAUGGGAAAUGUUUGACCGAGUCACUAAUAUCCACACAAUCACGUCUAGUAAUCUCUCCUUCUGAAACUGAUGCAUCUACUGAUAGCAUCUUGACUUCUGAUUCAAUCUGUAUUAAAGUCCCUACCGAUGAUAUUCGAGUUGGAGAUUUUGUAUUGGUUUUGCCUGGAGAUACUAUUCCUAUAUAUGAUGACCCACUGAAAAUUGAAGCUUCUUCCACCGGCUCCAACUCAACAAUAACAAAGAUUGUCAAAAUGGUAGAGGAUGCAAAGGGGCGUGAAGCACCUAUACAGAGGCUUGCAUAUUCAAUUGUUGGGACAUAUGUAUACACUGUUAUGACAUUAUCAACAACAACAUUUUCCUUCUAG